UUCUCGUUUUGCCGUCUCCAACUCUCUCUCUCUCUCUCUCUCUCUCUCUCUCUCUUUUCGUCGUCCUCAUUUUGUGGGCAACUAUGAUAAAUUAGGUCUCUUUUUAGAGGUAUCGUAUGUCACAUGCAUCACGUCUGCUCCCAUGUCUUCUCCUGCAAAUCAGCCGCCCACAGUUUCAGUCCCUUUUUCUUCAUUUUCAAAACUCGUAUCUCUGUCCCUUUUUCCCGACAAUUUCCCGGAAAAUCGAAUGCGGAAUCGAUCCUCUCUCUUUUCACCGGCAUAACGAGCACAAUUUGUUCUGGGUAUCUCGUUCUUGAUUGAUUCUUGCUUUGCCUUCUUCCAUGGACAGAGACAGAGAGAGGUCGGAGAGCAGCCCGGUCAUCUCUGGAGAGGAGGAUGGGUGAGGCCGGAGAGGUGCCGAAGAAGCUGCAGAAGAGCUACUUCGAUGUGGUGGGGCUGUGUUGCUCGUCGGAGAUCCCGUUGGUGGACAACAUCCUCAGGCAGCUCGAUGGGGUUAAGGACGUCUCCGUUAUCGUGGCUUCAAGAACCGUCAUUGUCGUCCACGAUACCCUCCUCGUUUCUCAGACCCACAUAGUGGAUGCACUGAAUCAAGCGAGGUUAGAAGCAAACGUGAAGGUCUAUGGGGAGAUAAACCAUCACAAGAAAUGGCCGAGUCCCUACGCGAUCGCUUCUGGGCUCCUACUCCUAUUGUCCUUCUUGAAAUUCGUCUACCACCCAUUCCAAUGGCUGGCUCUCGGCGCCGUCGCCGCUGGCAUAAUUCCAGUGAUUCUGAAAGGCUUCGCGGCUCUCCGGAACUUCCGGAUCGACAUCAACAUACUUGUCUUGGUCGCCGUGAUCGGGACGGUCGCGAUGAGAGAUUAUCUGGAGGCUGGCACCAUUGUCUUCUUGUUCACCAGUGCGGAAUGGCUCGAGUCCAGGGCAAGCCACAAGGCAAGUGCAGAAAUGUCAGCAUUGAUGAGCAUAGCUCCACAAACAGCAGUGAUAGCUGAAACAGGGGAGGUUGUGAAUGUCAAUGAUAUCAAACUCAACACCAUUGUAGCUGUGAAGGCCGGUGAGGUCAUACCCAUUGAUGGUGUUGUUGUGGAUGGCAAAUCUGAAGUGGACGAGAGAACUUUGACGGGAGAGUCAUUCCCUGUUUCCAAACAUGAGGAUUCCUCUGUUUGGGCUGGAACAAUCAACUUGAAUGGUUAUAUCAGUAUCAAAACAACUUCUCUGGCUGAAGACUGUGCAGUGGCCAAAAUGGCAAAGCUUGUUGAGGAGGCUCAGAACAAGAAAUCAAGAACACAGAGAUUCAUUGACAGAUGUGCACAGUUUUACACACCAGCGGUCUUAGCUAUAUCCAUCGGUUUCGCCGUGAUUCCGGUGGUAUUGCACGUCCAUAACCGAGACCACUGGUUUCAUCUGGCAUUGGUGGUACUAGUAAGUGCAUGCCCCUGCGCACUAGUCCUCUCUACUCCUGUUGCCACUUUCUGUGCCCUCACAAAGGCAGCGAAAUCCGGUCUCCUGAUCAAAGGGGGCGACUAUCUUGAAACCCUUGCUAAAAUCAGGAACCUGGCUUUUGACAAAACCGGCACGAUCACAAGGGGUGAAUUCAUGGUGGAGGACUUCCGAUCCCUCACUGAAGCCACAAGCAUCGAGACUUUGCUUUAUUGGGUCUCAAGCAUUGAGAGCAAGUCGAGCCAUCCUAUGGCUGCCGCGCUGGUACAGUAUGGGAGGUCAUUUUCCAUAGAGCCGAAACCUGAAGAUGUCGAGGAUUUUCAGAAUUUUCCUGGUGAAGGAAUUUGUGGCAAGAUUGAUGGGAACGAUGUAUUCAUAGGUAACAGGAAGAUUGCCUUGAGAGCUGGUUGUGAAACAGCUCCGAGCAUAGAAGGCGUUACUGGGGAAGGAAAAACUAUGGGGUAUGUGUUCUGCGGGGCAAACCCCGUCGGGAUAGUCACUCUCUCCGAUGCAUGCCGAACCGGAGCUAGGGAGGCCAUCGAGGCACUCAAGUCAUUGAAGAUUAAAACUGCAAUGCUUACGGGCGAUAGCCAGGCUGCAGCAAUGCAUGCACAGAAUCAGUUAGGUCAGGCUCUGGAUGUAGUCCACGCGGAACUUCUACCUGAAGAUAAAGCAAAAAUCAUCAAACGGCUCAAGGAGGAUGCGCCCACAGCAAUGGUGGGGGAUGGCAUAAACGAUGCCCCCGCAUUGGCUACUGCCGACAUUGGUAUUUCGAUGGGUGUUUCCGGUUCAGCUCUUGCAACGGAGACAGGGCAUGUGAUUCUCAUGUCCAAUGAUAUCAGGAAAAUACCACAAGCGAUCAUGCUCGCGAGGAGAGCACACAGGAAGGUGGUUGCGAAUGUUAUUCUGUCGAUAACCACUAAGGUUGCCAUCCUCGCAUUGGCCUUUGCCGGCCACCCGCUUGUUUGGGCAGCAGUUCUCACCGACACUGGGACAUGCCUAGUGGUGAUCCUAAACAGCAUGCUCUUGUUAAGACAGAGCCAUGAGCACGAGAAGAAGUGUUGUAAAUCUUCUGCAAUGCGACAGAUAGAAGGAUGCAAAGUCCUCAAGACAAACUCAUCCCAUAACCAUAACUGUUGCCCUUCUAAAGUGGGGACGGAAGUUUAUGAGACUGAACAAGGUUGUGGCAAAGUACACGGAUCGAAAUGCCAAUCGAGCGUUCCUAAUUCAGGCUUGUGUGGUAAGGGUUCGGCUAAGAAGCGUUGCAACGUAGGGCACAACUGCAGAGGUACAGCUGCAACACAUAAUCAAGAUCAUGGAUGCAAAACUGCCAAUAACGACAUGACCCAUGGACAUCGCCAUUGCUGCUAUGAAAGCAGACCGCAAAAUGGGAGUGCUUCGCAGCAGAGGUGUGUCGUUAACUGUCAUUCUAACAAUUUCACUUCAAGCGUCAGUUUGUGUGGAAAUGGCAAGCUUUCCAAUUCAACGAACAGACAAGUUCCUCUAGUACAUAAUGAUGCAGAUGCCGAGCAGUGUGGCCAAAUGUGCAAUGAUCAUAACCAUGGUCUCUUCAGUCCAAUUUCUUUGAGCACUCGUUCUGAUAACAUGUGCACAAAUGCGGUUCAGAAGCAAGGAACUUGUGCAUUUGGCAAUCACAAAGAACAGGAUACAGUGGAACACUGUGAUCAUGGAAGCUGCGAGAUGAUUACAGGAAGCGAACCGCAUGUUAUCACUGGUAAGUGCGGUUCUUUGCGAGAGAAGAAUAAAGAGUGCCACGAGAUGCAUUGUGGUGGCGAAAAUCAUGACAUUAAGGAAGGACUAGGCAAAACCAGUGAAUGCAGAUCGCACACUGAUCUCAAGUCACAUAUUCAUCAUCAUCGCCGUCAUCCAAAGAUUGGCUCACAUUGCUGUCAUCCCCUUCAACCCGUGAUCGACAUCGAGACGGGGAAAGAUCAUGCCGACUCGGGGCCAAUACACACAUGUACCAACUUGGCAAAGAGGGAGAUUGGUGGGUGUUGUAAGAGCUACAUGAAGGAAUGUUGCGGCAAGCACGGGCAUAAAGGACCUGCACUCAGAGGCUGCUUGUCCGAGAUCGUCACCGAGUACUAGCAGAUCCAAUGUAACUGAAAAAUUAAAAUUCUAGCUCGCUGAGAGAUUUGCGAGCUCCAAGCUUAACAUUAGACUGAAGGUUUCUGAUUUUUGGGAAAUGAAAAUUGCACAAUUCACCAUCUUAAUCAAUCCAAGAAUUUUAGGGG